AUGGGGAAGGAUCUGACAGAGGAGCAGGUGGCGUCGAUGAGGGAGGCGUUCUCGCUGUUCGACACGGACGGCGACGGGCGGAUCGCCGUGGUGGAACUGGGAAUCCUGAUGCGGUCGCUCGGCGGCAACCCGUCCCAGGCACAGCUCAAGGAGAUCGUGGCGGAGGAGAAUCUGACCGCCCCUUCGAUCUCCCUCGCUUCAUGGAGCUGAUGCGGAAGCACCUGAAGCCCGAGCCCUUCGAUCGCCAGCUCCGUGACGCCUUCCGAGUUCUCGACAAAGGCGGCACGGGCUACGUCUCUGCGUCCGAUCUCCGUCACAUCCUCACAAGCAUCGGCGAGAAGCUGGAGCCCGCAGAGUUUGACGAGUGGAUCCAGGAUGUCGACGUCGGCCUAGAUGGAAAAAUCCGUUACGAAGAUUUCAUUCUCCGCAUGGUAGCCAAGUGA